AAAGCCAACAUGGAGGCAGUGAAGAAGUGGAGAUCAGACUGGAAGUAUCCCACUAUUCUGCUUUGCAUUUAUGGAUUCCUCAGCACAGUUAAACCACUGGAGCCUUUUCUCAUCCCAUAUUUGACAGGACCGGAUAAGAAUCUGACAACUGAGCAGGUCAACAAUCAAAUUUUCCCAGUGUGGACAUACUCCUAUCUGUCCGUGCUAGUGCCGGUGUUCCUUCUCACUGACUGGCUGCGUUACAUGCCUGUAGUGGUGUUUCAAUGUGUUAUGAUCUUCAUCACCAAAGCACUGCUGCUGUGGACAGCAAGUGUGCCAGCCAUGCAGGCUACGCAGUUCUUUUACGGAGUCGCGACAGCCAGCGACGUGGCCUACUUCUCCUACAUUUACAGUGUAAUAGAUUUGAAGAGAUACCGAAAGGCCACCUCUUACAGCCGCAGUGUCCAGCUCCUGGGGUAUACAGUGGGCUCCGUGUUGGGUCAGCUGCUUGUCAGCUUCGACCUCAUGUCAUACAACAACAUCCUGGUGUUCACUCUGGUUCUCACUGCCAUCGCUCUCCUCACUUCCUUCUUCUUGCCAAUGCCACAGAAGAGCAUGUUCUUUCAUCAAAGACGUGGGAGACAGACUGCAGCAGAACAGUCAAACGCAAUAAAUGCAUCACUGGAAGAUGGAGGAGGUGAAAUGGAGAGUGGAGAAGGAGAGCCUGAUGCUGAGAAGCUUGAAUCUAUCAUUACGCAGAGUUGCGGCCAAGUCCUCCUCCAGCUGUGGAGGGAUUUCCGCCACUGCUAUUCCUCUAGACAGCUGCUCUACUGGUCUGUGUGGUGGGCAAUGGCUACCUGUGGGUAUAACCAGACUGUCAACUAUGUGCAGGUGCUGUGGGAGCAUGUGCAGCCUUCUCAGAACUUCAGCAUUUACAACGGAGGCGUGGAGGCAGUCUCAAACCUCUUAAGUGCAGCCACUGCCUACGGGAUAGGCUUUACUGAGGUAAGAUGGGAGCAGUGGGGAGAGCUGGCCCUGGGUGGUUUCUCUGGACUAAGUGCAGCUUCACUGUUCCUCAUGACUUUCACUGGCAACAUUUGGGUCUGCUACAGCGGUUACGUCGUUUUCAAGUCACUGUACAUGACGCUGAUAACUAUAGCAAUGUAUCAGAUUGCAGCUGAUCUCUCAAUGGAAAGAUAUGCACUAGUCUUUGGGGCAAAUACCUUUGGAGCACUGGCUCUACAGACGAUUAUCACGUCUGUUGUAGUUGACAGUAGAGGGCUAGGCCUGGCCAUCAUUCCCCAGUUCACCGUGUAUUCCAGCUACUUCUUGGUUAUCUCUGUUGUUUUUUUACUUCGGGGUCUGUUCAGUAUUUGGAGAGCACAAAGAAGCAGAAAAGAGACAAUUCCUCCAGACAAAGAUGAAACUCCAGGCAGCGAAGAACACAGAUUCUGAACACGUAUAGAGCGUUAUAGUGUGUCAGUUAUGGUUUCCCAUCCCUAAAUUGACCUCACAUUAGUUCAUAAGUAGCAGAAAAAAAGUCUUUAAAUUACUUACUUCAACAUGAUGAAUAGAAAUAAAUUUUUUUUGUACAAAAACAAUAAAAGAAUGUUUCACACAU